AUGAGCAAUGAAGCGGAUGACAGCCACUUCAUAGCCAUCUUCCCCCUCCCUUUCCGCGUUCUCUUCCUCGUAGGCCUCGGUAUCUGGGGCUGGGGCGCAAAUUUACACGGUCUCUACUUGCUCGGAAUCGAUGCAGCCAACGCUCUCGAUCUUCGACCACGAGAUUCACCGGACGGAACUCUUACGCCAUUACCGAUUUCGAGGAGUUCCAGUCAACGUGGCUUCAAGUUCGUUCAAGAUCCUGCGUCGUACUAUGCGCCCGUCUAUCGCCUUGCAGGGUUUUAUACCGUCUUUUGCACUAUCUCGUGGAUGCUCUAUCGUUAUGCGACUUUUGGCGACGUCGCGGAGGUCAACACCUACAAGUAUAUUCCGGCUCUCUCGAUCCGAAGAUGUCUGUUUCCGCCUUCGGGGAGGCCGAUAUAUUUCUCGGAUGUCGUGUUUGCGGAUGUGUUCACUUCGUUCGCGAAGGUGUUGGGCGAUGUGUGGCUUUCGGUGUGCAUGUUGAUGCCGGGAGGAAGUAUUUUGGAGUUGCCACAACAGGAGGGGUGGACGAGGUGGGUCUUACCGGCUCUGAUGAGCUUGCCCUAUCUCGUACGCUUCCGACAAUGUAUGAUCGAAUGGACCGCCCCCUCGAACGAGAGUAAACGGCCACUCUUCAACGCGAUCAAAUACGCGUCUUCCUUCCCCGUCAUCUUCCUCUCCGCGGCUCAACGGAUCGUGGUCUCCGACCUCGUCAAGGAGAAGGGUGAUCACAUCAAGAAUGAGGCGUGGCACGGGGAACAUACCCUCUUCCGGCUUUGGCUGUUGACCGCUUUGGUAAACUCGCUGUAUUCGUUCUGGUGGGACGUAACGAACGAUUGGGGGUUCAGUCUCUUGCAGCCUUCCUGGCUCAACCCACCACCAAAACCGUCCAGACCCACUUCACUCCCACGACCGCUCGUCCUCGCCACACUGCAUGAACGAGCCGAAUCGCUCACCAGUGUCCGGACGUCCGUGUCAACGCCGACGACCUCGCCCUCUGGUCUUUCAUCACAACAGCCUACCCUCGAUUCUAUCGAUGGUGCCUUCAAGCCGCCAUUAUCGCACUUGCGCUCACAUUCUCCACUGUUACCUCUGAACACGACUCGUCCCUCAUCCACGAACCAUAAUCCCACCCAACAUCAACAUCAACAUCAUCAGCAACAGCACCCCCUCGGCCUCCGUCACCCCCUGCUCUUCCCCCUACCCGUCUACCCCUCCAUAAUCUUCCUCGAUCUCAUCCUCCGACUCACCUGGUCCAUAAAACUGUCCACACAUCUCCACGCACACGCACAGGGAGAGGGAAGCGCGUUGAUAUUUUGGGUCGAGGUGGCGGAGGUGCUGAGGAGGUGGGUGUGGGUAUUUGUGAGGGUUGAGUGGGAGGUGGUGAAGAGGGGGUUGACGGGAGCUGCGCCUGGGACGGGGAGAGAGAUCGUGGAUUGGGAUGAGAGAGAUGAGGAGGAGGAUGAGAGGGUGGAGGGUGAGCAAGAAUAUGAGUUGGACGAGGAGAGGGACAGGGACAGGGAUGCGGGGGCAGGGUCAGUGGCGGGAAGAGGAUAUGGAAUGAAUGGCUAUAGCGGAGGCGAUCCCGAGGGUCCGUUUGAUGUCGUGUUUGAGGCGGAAGCGGCUAGACAGGACGGGAAAGCGAGGGUCGUUUGAGCUUUUCGCAUCGUAUCUCGAAAAGCUUAAACCUCGAGCGAGGCUUGCGGAUUCGUGCAAUUGGGGUAUCGCGCUUCGGACUUGCGGUGCGAUCGCCCUCCUAUUUUAUAGUUGUCUCUUGUUUCCAUUUCUUGAAACUUCCAUUUCGAAUGCUUUUCGCGCUUUGAAGUACAGUAAGUUAUUAUACCCCCGGGGCUGUAAUCGACGGGGACUUGCAGGUGAGUAACUUUAGAUACGGUGGCACUGCUACAUAAGUACGAAUGGAUUUCCGCUGGCGUAAUGAGAUCGACCGUUUCCG